UGUGUCGGGAUCAUCCUCUGACACACACCCAGCUCUGACUGCUGCCCGCCGCACCGGAGACCGGAGACACCCGCUUCAGCCGAACACAGAGCACUCGGACCGGAUCUGAUGACCUCGCUCGGGAUGUGGAGGCUGCAGUGACGCCAGAGAUCAGGGAAGAGGAAGCUCUCCCUUCCCAGAAGCCCCUGUGUCUCUGGAUCACCUUCAGCUGAAGCAGACACACAGGUGCACAGCAGCAGUACAUGAUCUUCUGGAACUGACUGACCCCUGACCCCUGGCUUCAGUGACCUCUGACCCCUGGCAGCCGUGACCAUGGCAGCAGCCAAGACCUCGCUGGCUCUGCACAAGGUGAUCAUGGUCGGCAGCGGCGGAGUCGGGAAGUCUGCGCUCACUCUGCAGUUCAUGUACGAUGAGUUUGUGGAGGACUACGAGCCCACGAAGGCUGACAGCUACAGGAAGAAGGUGGUUCUGGACGGCGAGGAGGUGCAGAUAGAUAUUCUGGACACCGCCGGUCAGGAGGACUACGCAGCGAUCAGAGAUAACUACUUCCGCAGCGGCGAGGGCUUCCUCUGCGUCUUCUCCAUCACCGAACUCGAGUCUUUUACAGCCACGGCUGACCUCAGAGAGCAGAUUCUGCGGGUGAAGGAGGACGAGAACGUCCCCUUCCUGUUGGUGGGAAAUAAGUCAGAUCUGGAGGACAGGAGACAGGUGAACGCUGACGAGGCCAAAGCCCGAGCGGAUCAGUGGAGCGUGAGCUACGUGGAGACGUCUGCCAAAACCAGAGCCAACGUGGACAAGGUUUUCUUCGACCUCAUGAGGGAAAUCCGCUCUAGGAAGAUGGAGGACAGCAAGGAAAAGAACGGAAAGAAGAAGAGGAAAUGUCUGGCCAAACGAAUCCGUGAAAGAUGUUGUAUUUUAUAGUGUCUGCGAUCCUUUAGUGUCCUGUGUGUUCUCGUCCUCGGCUGCGAUGUGUCCGACCAGACGAAGCACAGCUCACUGAGAUGGAGAGAACUUCAUAGAUUCAUGCACUAGAGGGUGGACUUCCUGUGUGAGAGAUCUGGACUUCCUGUGUGAGAGAUCUGGACUUCCUGUGUGAGAGAUCUGGACUUCCUGUGUGAGAGAUCUGGACUUCCUGUGUGAGAGAUCUGGACUUCCUGUGUGAGAGAUCUGGACUUCCUGUGUGAGAAAUCUGGACUUCCUGUGUGAGAGAUCUGGACUUCCUGUGAGAGAUCUGGACUUCCUGUGUGAGAGAUCUGGACUUCCUGUGAGAGAUCUGGACUUCCUGUGAGAGAUCUGGACUUCCUGUGUGAGAGAUCCGGACUUCCUGUGUGAGAGAUCUGGACUUCCUGUGUGAUAGAUCUGGACUUCCUGUGUGAGAGAUCUGGACUUCCUGUGAGAGAGAUCUGGACUUCCUGUGUGAGAGAUCUGGACUUCCUGUGUGAGAGAUCUGGACUUCCUGUGUGAGAAAUCCGGACUUCCUGUGAGAGAGAUCCGGACUUCCUGUGUGAGAGAUCUGGACUUCCUGUGUGAGAGAUCUGGACUUCCUGUGUGAGAGAUCUGGACUUCCUGUGUGAGAGAUCUGGACUUCCUGUGUGAGAGAUCUGGACUUCCUGUGAGAGAUCUGGACUUCCUGUGUGAGAGAUCUGGACUUCCUGUGAGAGAUCUGGACUUCCUGUGAGAGAUCUGGACUUCCUGUGUGAGAGAUCUGGACUUCCUGUGUGAGAGAUCUGGACUUCCUGUGUGAGAGAUCUGGACUUCCUGUGUGAGAGAUCUGGACUUCCUGUGUGAGAGAUCUGGACUUCCUGUGUGAGAGAUCUGGACUUCCUGUGAGAGAUCUGGACUUCCUGUGUGAGAGAUCUGGACUUCCUGUGUGAGAGAUCUGGACUUCCUGUGUGAGAGAUCCGGACUUCCUGUGUGAGAGAUCCGGACUUCCUGUGUGAGAGAUCCGGACUUCCUGUGUGAGAGAUCUGGACUUCCUGUGUGAGAGAUCCGGACUUCCUGUGAGAGAGAUCCGGACUUCCUGUGUGAGAGAUCUGGACUUCCUGUGUGAGAGAUCUGGACUUCCUGUGUGAGAAAUCCGGACUUCCUGUGUGAGAGAUCUGAGAGAUGUGUAUUUAAUUUCAUUCAUGUCAGAUGUGUUUGAGUUCUCAGGACUCUUCCUGUAUAUGAACACAUUUCUGCUUUACUGAUAAAACCACUUUGGGUCAGUAAGAUUUCUAAAAAUGUUUUUGAAAGAAGUCCGUUCUGCUCAUCAAGGCUGCAUUCAUUUGAUCAAAAAUUGUGAAAUAUUAUUACAAUAUCAAAUACAAUUUUCUGUGUGAAUCUGUGUUAAAGUGUAAUGUAUUUCUGUGAUGCUCCGCUGUAUUUUCAGCAUCAUUCCUCCAGUCUUCAGUGUCACAUGAUCUUCAGAAAUCAUUCUGUCGUUGAAAUGAACAACUUUUGUAACAUUUUACUGUCACUUUAAUGCAUCCUUCAUGAAUAGAAGUACUGAUUUCCUGAGAAGAAGAAAGUCUUACUGAGACGAGGCUUUUACAUUAAUGUUUAGAUCACCUGAAAACAAAGUUCAUUCUGGUGUAAAGAAGUCUUCUUCUAGCCUUACAGCUAAAAUGAGUGUGUGAUGUAUUACUUUAAUGUAGGUUUAAAUGCAUUACAUGACACUUUAUUGACUUGAGGGGUCUUGAAAAACUGAAAACACAAGAAGAGCUAAUUAGCAGGAUUUCAAGAAGAAGAAAAAAAAGACAAGCUUUAUGGUUAAAUUAUUAACUAAAGAAAAAACCCCGUCAAUUUGUUGGUUUGUGGCUAAGCAAGUAGUAAUUGUUAUGCAUAAAAACUGCAGUACACUAAGAAGCGAUGAGAUCUGUGUAGUUUGGUGUUUUUUUUAAUUCCUUAACAUCUGAAGCAGCUCGUGGAACAGGAAGUUCCUCUGGCUGCUGCGGUUCAGUGUGCUUGACUUCCUGCUGCCUUGAUGUCCAUGGUGAAUGUGACUCUCAUCCAGUCCCUUUACUCUCGAUGCGUCUGCAUCCUUGCUCUCAGACCACGACACGCACAUUAGUUGUGGUGCGGAGUUUGAUGACAAUCUUAUGUUUUUCACAUGUGAUGUGUGCUCCUGCCCCACGGCUCCAGUCUCAAUCAUUUCAAUGUAUAUCAGUGACUGUUUCUUUUCAUUCUGCCUUUCUCCUUUUUUAUAUAUGUAUUGUUAUUGUGAAAGCUUAUUUCAGCUAUUACAAAAAAUAUUUUUUUUUUCUAAUUUAAAUGUGUUUUAUUAUUCGCAAGAAUGUUAUUUAUAUUCAGUACUAACUUUUAUUCCCAUUAUACCUCUGUAGUGCAUGGAAGCCCAUCCGGUCAAAACUGAAAUUUUUAUCCUACAAUUUUUUUUUUUCUUACAAUAAAUUUUACAUUUAUUUUGUGGUUAAAAAAUAUUUUUAUUAUUAUUAUUUAAUUUUUUUAUCCAGUUGUGGAAACAAGCUUCUGUAUAUUUGUAUUUUAGUACAAAAUAAACAUAUGGCAGAUCGUCGAGAUCAUCAUAA